CGUGAUUAAACAAAAACAAGCAUUUCCUUGUUAUGUCAUGACUUAUGGAUAAAGAAAACUUAAAAAAAUACACACACAUUAAUAUUCAGUCAGAUUGACAUUCAACUUAUUAAACGUUUAGAAAAUGUAAAACAACAUUUCCUAACUAUAGAGUCGACAAGGCAUUUCGUACAUGUAUCCCAUCGUUCCUAUCGGCGCGGGAAAAGAAAAUGGCAGCUUACGUAUUUUGUUUGACAACAAGCGGUGGCGUCCCCAUAUUUGCAAGAAACAAGAUAGGUUUAAAAUCGCUUCCAUUCCCCGUGAUAGGGUCGUUGAAUGGUGUUCAUAUGUUUGCUAACUCUCAUGAUGUUCAGCUCGUCUCCACGGUGACAGAUGACUCCAAGAUCUUGUGGAAAUCCUUCCAUGACAGUGUUACAUUGAUUGUGGUGUCAGAGGAUGAUAAUGCGGACGACUGUCAUCUGACGAACCUGCUGACAUACGUGUUCAACAUAAUGGUUCUGCUGCUUGGGAUGGAUGAUGUGACUAACAUCCGCAAUGUCGAGAGAUUCAAGAAAGAUGUCAGGGUCUGUUUUCCUCUGAUAGACCGGCUGAUAGAACAAGGAGAGCUGCUAACAUUUGGAGACCUUGUGAACGCUGUAGACACAAUAGCAGCUCCGGAAAAUGCUGUCCUCCAAAAUUUCCUUGAUGCAUUUGCUGAGUGUGCAGACAGCCCAUAUGGUUGUGUGCUGGUGCAGGGCAAGAUUGCAGUGGCAACGCGGAAGUGGUGGGGCUUAUCUGCACGUGAACUCGUGCUGCUGCCACUGCUCGUCUCCUCCCUGUCUUCCUGUUCCUCCAGGGAUGUACCAGUCUUCCUUCCCAACGCAAGCCCCACUGUUCCCCACAGAUUGAUGACCUUCCAGCUGACCAAAGGAAUAGAAGUGUGUGUUCUGUGUGGCCCUAGUCCCUCCCUGACAGACCUGGAGGAAGAGGUGGGCCGGUUUUGGAGGACGAGCUACGAUCUUCUACGUUCAGUUCUACAGCUCCACCCAGCGAACUUUCCUCACACCAUCCCUCUAGACACAAACCUGCUGGGGUUUUUGCUGGUUAAUACAGAAACGAACCAGUGUUUAUGUACAAUAAGUCCUCAUGGCUCUGACGAUGACAGUUUAGAGGAUCAUGAACGCCGCCACAUUCUCAGGUCAUACUACAAACAUGUUGUAGGCAACUUUUUCUCUUCUAAGGUUGAAGGCAGCGAAAAGGGACCAUCAGAGUUCACACAUGUUGCUAUGGAUACAUACCUGACAACAGACACUCACAAAUGUUAUGCGAUGCUGUCCCCACCCCACCAGAUUUAUGCCCUCUACAGACCAAACAUUCCAACAUUUGCCAUGAGAUCCAUCACAGAGAAGGCUUUGCUGGCAUUGACAAAAGACAAGAGUGUUCAGUUGUAGCACCCGCUCCCUCGGUUUUAGCUAUGAAUCUCAGGCAGUGAAGUGUAAACGCAAUAAAGACUGUUUACAAAUUGCUAUAAUUUGAAUUACAGAAGCGGAUAUGUGAUAAAUGGGAUGUGAUAAAUGUGAAUUAUUUGUUUAAAUUUUAGAUUUUACUAAAACUUUUGAUUAUCAUACAAAUUUUGAAAAAUGACUUUUUAGGUUGAAUAUUUUGCUAAUUGAAUAUUCCUCUAAAGCUCACAUAUUAGUUUGAAAAUCAUGAAUAGAAAUAUUUGAUGGGAAAUGGUGAUCUUUUGUUGUGAAAAUUCGGAAGAAAAAACUUGAGAAAACACAUUAAAACAUGGAUUUUCGGGGGAACAUGUAAUGUCUUUUUUGAUAGUUGAAAGUCAUUUUUCAUUUUAACAGUAUUAAAAUCAUGCAUUUUUUUCAUAUGAAAGUUAAUCAUCAAGCACAUUAAAGAAUUUCAUAUUAAUUCCAAACAUAUUAUGCUAUGCAUUAUUCAGUUUUUGUUAGUGAUGUUAUACAGUAAUAAAGGAUAAAUUUCAUUA